AUGGUAGGAAGCCGCUUUGAUUGCUUGCCUUCAGCUAAGUCAGAGGGAACGGAGGGUGGGCCGUCCCAGAGCCAAGCUCAGAGCUCAUUGGCCGAGGACUCGACAAGUCACCUGUCGUCGAGCAGUUGGAUCGCUCGCUCUCCGGCCAGAAAUCCACUGAGCUUCAGGACGAUGCAGACCAAAGUGACCCUACUGGAUGGCUCACUGUUCACCUGCACUGUGGAGAAACGAGCUCGUGGUCUUCAGCUGUUUGAGAAGGUCUGUGAACACAUCAACCUGCUUGAGAGAGACUACUUCGCUCUGUCCUUCAGAGACGCCGACAACAACAAGAACUGGUUGGAUCCGGCAAAGGAGAUGAAGAAGCAGGUCAGAGGUGUUCCAUGGAAUUUCUCCUUUAAUGUCAAGUUUUACCCACCUGACCCCGCCCAGCUCUCUGAGGACAUCACCAGGUACUUCCUUUGUCUCCAGCUCAGACAGGAUAUAGUUUCUGGUCGUCUUCCAUGUUCAUUUGCGACUCACACCGUCCUUGGCUCCUACACCGUCCAAUCAGAGCUCGGAGACUACGAUCCUGAUGAAUGCGGAUCAGAUUACAUCAGUGAACUGUGUUUUGCUCCGAAUCAAACAAAAGAAAUGGAGGAGAAGAUCAUGGAGCUUCAUAAAUCCUACAGAGGAAUGACACCAGCUGAGGCAGAAAUGCACUUCCUGGACAACGUAAAGAAACUUUCCAUGUAUGGAGUCGACCUUCAUCACGCAAAGGUAACACAGAGAUAA